AUUAUUUUAUACCUUUACAUUACAUUGUUAAUUGGUCACCAUCGUUCUUAAAUAAAGUUUGUUGAAAAUCUCUUGUCCUUCCUGUUUGCAUUGCAAAGAUGGAGGUAGAGGGAACGGUCCCCCCGCUGUCACUCUCUGCUAAAUUUGAGGGGUCCUUUGCCUAUCUGACUGUGAGAGAUAGACUACCAACCAUACUCACAAAAGUGGUAGACUCUUUACAUCGUAAUAAAGACAAUUUCUUCAAAGAGUAUGGAAAGGAGGGCAUCCAGGCAGAGAAGAGAGCCAUCUCCUUCCUGUCCAAGCUGAGGAAUGAACUGCAGACAGACAAACCUGUGCUGCUUCUGACUGAUAAUGCUGAGGACACCGAGGCCUGGAAUGAAUACUUGGGUAGACAGCAGGACCUGAUGGAGGACGGGCAGCCUGUCAGCUGGUUCAAGUCACCAUGGCUUUAUAUGGAGUGCUACAUGUACCGAAGGAUCCAAGAGGCUCUGUAUAUGAAUCCACCGAUGGAUAACUUUGACGGCUUUAAGGAGGGAAAGACGCAAAGCUUCUUUAAAUCUCAACAAGCAAUUAAAUCCGUCUGUACAUACCUUCAAGAGCUCAUCACCAACAUGGAGAACAUGACUGAGAUGCAGCUGCGAGAGAACUUUCUCAAGUUGCUUCAGGUCUCUCUGUGGGGAAACAAGUGUGAUCUGUCCAUCUCUGCCGGUCAGGACAACUCUCAAAGGUCCAGUCCCAUCGAUUCUCUGCCUGAUCUCCGGCGCUUCAUCCUAGUGGAUGACUCCAACAUGGUUUGGUCAACGCUGGUUGCUGCUCAAGGGUCCGGAACCGCAGGAAAGAAGCAUGCAAGAGUGGACAUUGUUUUAGACAAUGCUGGUUUUGAGCUUGUUACCGAUCUGGUCCUUGCUGACUUCCUUGUUUCUGCCGGACUAGCCAAGCAAAUCCGAUUUCAUGGCAAGUCCAUUCCAUGGUUCGUCUCAGACGUCACCAAACAAGACUUUGAGUGGACCAUCAUGCAGACCAUGGCAGCCAAUCACAAGUGGAUGUCAGCUAGCGGUGUCCAAUGGAAGCAUUUCAUGAAGGAUGGCACCUGGUCCUACCAUGACCACCCUUUUUGGACCAUGCCCCAUGAGUUCUGCGACAUGGCUCUGGAUGCAGCUGAUCUCUACAGCAACCUCCAGGGCUCUGACCUGAUUCUCUUCAAAGGAGACCUGAACUACAGGAAGCUGACUGGCGACAGGAAGUGGGACCACACGGUUCUGUUCGAUCGGGCGUUAAGGGGGUUCCAGCCUGCCCCUCUCUGUAGUCUUAGGACACUGAAGGCUGAUGUUCAGGUGGGCUUACAGCCGGGCCAGGCAGAGAAGCUCAACUCUCAGGAUCCACACUGGAUGACUAAUGCCAAAUAUGCUGUGGUUCAGUUUUCCAGUCCACACAGAGAACGGUAGAGGUGUUUUUAAA